AUGGCGCAAGUUCUCCAAAUAAACACUAAUAGAAGUGGUCCUGCGCAGCAUCUNGCCACGCACAUGAUGAGGGAGAGAAAGACAGCCAUUAUGGCUGUAUCAAAGCCAUGGCGCGUUCCGGAUUCUCCGACGUGGGCCGGGGAUUUGGACGGCCUCGCUGCCAUCACCUGGAUCCCUGGUUUUGGGAGCAUGGCCGUGCAGCAAGUGGUGGACAAAGGCCACGGAUACGUGGCGGUUAAAUGGGGGAACAUAACGCUCUACAGUUGUUAUUUCUCCCCCAACUCUUUGUUAGAAGAGUUUGAGGUUUCGCUGGAAGCUCUCAGCGACAGCAUACGGCGAGCGGGUGAAGACCCCGUUCUCGUGCUGGGAGAUUUUAAUGCCCGAUCGAUAUCCUGGGGCUCCUCCCGCCCGAAUCGCAGGGACCAGAUGGUGGAGCAAUGGGCCGCGGCACACGAGCUGCGCAUUUUAAAUACUGGACGGGGAGCAACUUGUGUGCGCUCCCAGGGCAGAUCUAUUGUGGAUUUGUCCUGGGGUUCUCCGACCGUGUACUCAUUAAUAUCAGGGUGGCGCGUGUUACCGGCAGAAUCGUUAUCGNACCACCGAUACAUAACGUUCGGCGUACGUACGGGAGACGACGAAGCCGCAUGGCUCACCCGCGUCAUAACUGAUGCUUGUGACGUGUCCAUGCCAAGAAUUCGAGGUGUGGCUGGAAGAAAAUCCGCAUACUGGUGGACACCGCAAUUGGCCAGGAUGCGGUCUACAUGCCUCCUGUGGCGAAGGCGGUACACGCGUGCACGGCAACGCGGACGAAUUGGAACUGAGGCCCUGGAAGCCCUGCGCAUAUCGCUGAGAGAGGCUCAGCGCGAGUUUCGGUGCGCUAUUCUGGCGGCGAAAAAGACGGCAUGGGCUGGUCUUAUGACUACCCUGAAUAACGAUCCGUGGGGCACUCUAUACCGGAUUGUUCUGUCCCGCUUGCGAGCGGCUGGUCCCUCUAUAACUGAGACUCUAGAGGUAGAAAAGGUUCUGGAAGCUGUGAGCGACUUGUUCCCGGUGCGGGAGGUCGCGGGUAACGAACCUCGGGACCAGAUUCCAUGGAACCCGGAAUUUAAUAUCACCGCUGCCGAGAUGACAGCGGCCCUUAAGAGGAUAGCCAGUCGCC